AUGUGGGCCGCCCGGGUCGCCGUUUGCCUGAUUACGUUGUCGCCACCGCCUCGCUGGGCCCACCGGAAGGGUGCCCCCGUGACCACCUGCAACGAGAUGGAGCCUCGCCACGACAAGGAGGUCAUGCACAGCCACCACUACUACCAGAUAGUGGUGGACCGGCUGCAGGGCGAGCAGCUCCGGGUCACCCUGAUGGCGCUGAACAACCAGACCUCGUUCAGGGGCUUCCUGAUCCGAGCCAUGCGCGUGCAGGGAUCCUCGCUCGCAUACCACGGGGGCCGCUUCGAGAAGGACGCCGCAUACCCAAACGUCCAGUUCAUCGCCUGCGACGGCGUCGAGAACAGUGCCGCGACCCACGUGGGCCCUAACGAGAAGCGGCAGAUCUCGGUCACCUGGCGUCCGCGAGAGCGCAGCCCCGACAUCGUUCGGAUCUUCUUCAGGGCAACAGUUGUGCAGAACUACGCCACCUUCUGGAUGAAGCUGGACACGGAACGCAUUCUCAUAGGUGCCGCUACUCCCACUGGAGGGCGCCACGCGACGGUGGCGCUUUCUUUCGCUACCUUUCUCCUGAGCAUCGACUCUUCCGGCUAA